AAAUUCUGCUAUAGCCUACAGUGACUUUAAUUUAACAGCGUGUUUGAACUGACAUAAUUGGAGAUUAGACAUCUGUGAGAAAAUAAGAGUUUUCACAACGGACUGUUAAUUGGACUACAGUGUGACACUAUCAGUGUAGCGGUUGCUUGCAAGGAAACGAAGGAAGAAUUUUUCAGUUUCAGUGAUCACAAUGGAUGCAACAUUGAACAGAACAGUGAAUGGAACUCAGCCAUCAAACUGCUCCAUUCGCACUGAUCCGUUCGACUCCAGGGCCGCGAAAAUCGGAAUAACCUUUGCUUUCAGCCUGAUUCUUGUCGUUUCGCUGGUCGGGAAUCUAUUGAUCGCAAUAGUUGUCUACAAGACGAAAACAUUGCGAAGAACAAUCAAUUAUUUCAUCGUGAACAUGGCUAUGUCCGAUCUGCUGUUUCCACUCUAUGUCCAGCCGUCAUUCCUAAUAGAGCUAAACGGUGAUAAUAUCGAUGUUUUCAGUGUCCAACAUAACUGGGCAUUUUGUACAGUGAGGCUGUUCUUCCUUUAUGUCACCUGUCUUAUUUCUGUGGUAAGCUUGGUGUUUUUGGCAGUCGAUCGUUUUGGAGCUGUGGUAUUUCCCCUUCGUCCCGCACUCAUCAGUUCAAAGCUGUGUCCCUACGUUAUCUUCUCCACUUGGUUAGUUCUUAUUGCCGUGUCAACCCCAGCCUUCUUUGCCAACACUUAUGUGUACACAGGAAAACUGAAGUGUGAAUGGCGGACGAAAGAGUCCUUUGUCAAAUAUUACUCUUAUGCCAUGCCUAUAGUUAUCGGUGCUAUUUCUUUCUUAUUGAUUAUCAUCCUUUACUCUAUCAUACUUUUCAAGCUCAAGUCGCAGAAGAUUCCAGGCGAAAAAUCUAUCAACGCUGUAGAAAAACGCAUAAAAAUGCACAGAAAUGUAUUCAAGAUGGUCGCAGCCAUUGUGAUUGCCUUUAUCCUAUGCUGGAUGCCAUACAGUGUUUUUAUCUCUCUUCAUGUCUUUGUAUGGGACAACAUAAAUUUUUUGUCUUGCGAUAGAAAACCCUUUUGGUUUUUUGCUGUGUUUAUGAUGCAUACGAACUGUGCUAUUAACCCUUGCCUCUGUUUUACAUUCAGUGGAAAUUUUCGUCAAGGCCUGAAAGGUCUCUUUUGGGGCUAAGUGUGAAACAGUACUUCGACCAUGGAGUUACGAUUGAGGGCCUCUGUUCCGGGUGAAACAGCGGUAAAAACGUUAACUAUUUGACAAUAAGUAGCUUAAUGUGGCUCAAAGCAGUUUUCAGCCCUUUCCAAGACUUAGGGUGCGUUUCUUUAAGAAAAUCCAAGAUUGGAUUCUUAAAUCCGAAAAUGGAUUUUGCG